GAUGCUGCGGUUCCUGCGCCGGACCUUUGGCCGCCGCUCUAUGCAGCGCUACGCGCGGGGCGCAGCGGGGCGCGGGGCCGCCAGGCUGGGGGACGAGCGCGACGGGGGGUUCCGGGGGGGCCCAGCCGCCGCCGCCACCACCUCCUCGGCGCUGCCCGCCGCGCCUGGAGGCAGCGUGUUCCCGGCCGGCGGCGGGCCCCUGCUCACCAGCGGCGCGUCCGUGCACAUCUCCGCCGCCGGCGCCGCCAGGGCCAUCCUCUACUGCCGUGUCUUCCUACUCGACGGGACCGAAGUGAGCGUGGACCUGCCGAAACAUGCCAAAGGCCAGGACUUGUUUGAUCAGAUUGUGUACCACUUGGACCUCGUGGAAACAGAUUACUUCGGCCUCCAGUUCCUUGACUCUGCCCAGGUUGCGCACUGGCUGGAUCAUUCCAAACCCAUAAAAAAGCAGAUGAAAAUUGGACCUGCUUAUGCCUUGCACUUUCGAGUUAAAUACUAUUCUUCAGAACCGAACAAUCUUCGUGAAGAGUUUACAAGGUACCUGUUUGUUUUACAACUCAGGCAUGACAUUCUUUCAGGAAAAUUGAAAUGCCCAUAUGAAACUGCUGUGGAAUUAGCUGCCCUCUGUCUACAAGCGGAGCUUGGGGAGUGCGAGCUUCCGGAACACACACCCGAGCUUGUGUCUGAGUUUCGGUUCAUUCCAAAUCAGACAGAAGCAAUGGAAUUUGAUAUCUUCCAGAGGUGGAAAGAGUUCAGGGGAAAGAGCCCUGCCCAGGCGGAACUCUCCUAUCUGAAUAAGGCGAAGUGGCUGGAAAUGUAUGGGGUGGACAUGCACAUUGUCAGGGGAAGAGAUGGCUGUGAAUAUUCUCUUGGACUGACCCCGACAGGCAUAUUAAUCUUUGAAGGAGCUAACAAAAUAGGCUUAUUCUUUUGGCCUAAAAUCACCAAGAUGGAUUUUAAAAAGAGCAAAUUGACGCUCAUGGUGGUCGAGGAUGAUGACCAGGGACGCGAGCAAGAGCACACGUUUGUCUUCCGGUUAGACAGUGCCAGGACCUGCAAGCACCUCUGGAAGUGCGCGGUUGAGCAUCACGCGUUCUUUAGACUGCGGGCGCCAGGGAACAGCAAGUCUAACAGAUCAGACUUCAUCAGGCUGGGAUCUCGCUUCCGAUUCAGUGGGCGGACAGAAUAUCAAGCCACACACGAUGCCAGGUUACGGAGAACCAGCACCUUUGAAAGGAAGCCUAGCAAACGCUAUCCGUCCCGAAGACAUUCGACCUUCAAAGCAAGCAACCCGGUGAUAGCAGCUCAGCUCUGCUCUAAAACAAAUCCUGAAGUCCAUAAUUACCAGCCUCAGUAUCAUCCUAACAUCCAUCCCAGCCAGCCUCGGUGGCACCCUCACUCUCCAAACGUAGGCUACCCGCUACCUUCCCCAGUGCUCAGCAGCUCAGACCGGCUGCCUUUUGGCAUCGAGGAGAACGGGGGCACGCCAUUCACCGCCAAAGCUUCCGGAAGGCACCAUCAGCACCAGCACCAGCACCACCACCAGCACCAGCACCAGCACCACCCAAACUAUGGUCUCUCUCUGGCCCUGGAGAACAAAGAGGGGCCUGCGAGAUCCCCAAACUCCAGCUGCAAGUCCCUUGCGAAACUGAGUCCAGGGGCGCCUGCCCUCUUCAGUGAAGCCGCUGCUCAGCUAAAGAAGCUGGAGCUGGAGACUGCGAAGGCUGCUGCCCCUUGGCCUGCUCUGCACAUCAACAUCAACAAGGCUGAAGAAAAGAAAGUUUCUGAGAAGACACUUCAGACCCCAGUUUUGCCUUCCCCUGUGGCUGAUCACGUGAAAUGUAACAUUCUGAAAGCCCAGUUGGAGGAUGCGUCCAGGGGGAACCCCCAGGUUGGAAAAGAGGAAUCAACCUUUGUAAAUAUCAAUAAGAAAUCCAGUCUUCAGGAUGCGAAUGUAAGAAGUCCCAUUCCUAUACGUGUGGAAACUACCCAACCAGCUAUGGAAAAGCCGGAAAUCAAGCCUCCCCGAGUGAGGAAGUUAACAAGACAAUACAGUUUUAACCGCAGUGAUGAAGAUGACCUCCCUCCAGACCUGGCGGAGGCAGUGGAAGCCCCCGCGACCACUGCUGCUCACACAACCACGACCACAGCCGCUGCCAGCCAAGCCUCUGCCACCCUGGUGUCUCCCAAGAUCCAGAAAGUCAGCUUGCCUCAGCAGCUAGACGGCUCGGGCCAGCCGUCCCCAGGGGCCAAGAGCCCCUCUGAACGCGGAGGCGCCUUUAACCUGGAGCCGGGCGAUCUGCUGAUGGAUUUCACAGAAGCCACUCCUCUGGCAGAGCCCGCCAGCGCCCCCCACUGUGCCCACUCUCGCUGUCCUCCACUCUCUCUCCCCAUGAAGGAAGAGACUCCUGGAGUUUGCAUGCACCCUCCAAUCAAAACGAGGCUGAUAAAAACAUUCCCAGCUGAUCCAGUGAACCCAUUUCUUGACCCUUUCACUGCAGGGCCACCAUUUACCGCAGACUUCAGGGACAGUAAAUUACAGUACUGCCCAGGACUAUCUUCCCCGCUGAUCCCGGCAGCGACCCUGAGGCCUUCGGCAGAGACCGGCUCCACAGUGCAGGCCGUCUACACCCGGAAGCCAGUUUCUCUGGCCGCCAGCGCAGAGACGCUCCGGCAAGAACUCCGGCAGGAACUGGAGAGAGAGAAAAUGAUGAAAAGACUAUUGAUGACCGAACUGUGAAAUUCUCCCGUUGUCGCCUGGAGGAUGGCAUGGUGCCUUCUGUCCAUUUUCAUUAUUUGGGCGUUGUGUGCUCACACUAGCACAGCAUUCAGAUGUGUGCUGGGUUCUCCCAGGUCUCCAGGGUUGGUCAAAGCCCACUUCUGGCCUGGGUUUUAUUGGAAAAGUUACAUUGUUUCUUCUGAGCACUAGGGUUUUCUACUACUCAAUGUAGUUGAGACAGGAGUUGGUAAGACCAGAAGAAAGAUGGGAAAACGGGGAUUCUUUUUCAGAAGUACCGGUGUAGAUAUGUUAAUAAUCACAGGGUUAACAUAAUACUGAAUCCUUUGCUAACGAUCUCAACCAUGUGAUUUUGUAUGAUUGAAACUUGCACCAAGCUUUGACUGUUUGUUAAGAGUCAUUUUUAAUGAUGGAUAACUAAUUCUUUUACUGCUGGUUUUUCAUUUACACUAACUACACAGAUCCUUAUAAAGGCCUGAACAUUCAUUUUUAUUAAGACAUGAGUAGAUGAACUAAAAGAAAGGUGCAUGUCACCAUGACAGAAAGUGCUUCAGCUUAAUCUGAAAUAUAAUCGAACUUGUGAAUUUGGUGGAUAUGACUUUAUUUGGGAUAAGUAGAAUUUAUUGUUGAACCCAAAGUAGGAGAUUAUACUUUCAAUUACCUACAAAUCUCUAGAUGGUUAAGAUAAUUCAAUAUCAGAAAGAUUCGUUUGGGUGUUCCUUAAAGGAAAAUUAUUUCUAAAGUUGAUCAAUUUAUGUCCUGUUGAUAGAAACUUGAACAGAAGAAACUUUGCUGUGUUUUUUUAUAUAGUUUCAAGAAAUGUGUUUUUAAAUUUUUAUUAUGCACUUGAACAACUUUGCAGGAAAAAAGGAACCCCCUAACUACAAACUAUCCCUUGAAAUUGUUCCCCAAGCUUUCUCAAUGUAUAUGCACAAGUUUUUACACAGCGACAACCAAUGUUUGUUGUACUUCGCCACUUAACAUAUCUCUCUUCUUAUUGACACAUCCUGCUCUCACCAAUUUAAAUGUCUUUAUAUCGAUGUAAUAUGGUUAACCUCACUUCUCCCCAUUGUUAGGUAUUUGGGUUAUACCCAGUUUUUCACUCUUAUAGUGCUGCUAUGAAUGUCUUUGUAAAAAAAAAAAAAAAAUGCUCCUUCUUUUGGACUAUUCGCUUGGGAAUAUCUCCAAAGAGGGAUUACAAGGUUAAAGAGCAUGAAUUAUUUUACAGCUCUUGUUUCAUAUUGCCAGAUUGCUUUCCAGAAAGAUCCAAUUUCUGGGUUGGAAGGGCCUUUAAGGUCCUCUCUAGUGCAACCCUUCACUCUCUCUCAAUGCUUGAAUCCCCUCUACAAUUUAUGAUGCCACCAGCAAUGUAUAAGCAUUUAUAUUUACCAAUAGCUCUGUCAGCUCAGCAUUGGGUUUUUUGCCAUUUUAAGUUAUUUGCGCUAAUUUGAUAAAUGUGUAUAGUUGUUCUUGAAAGGUUGUUUUAUCUCAUUAAUUGCUAGCAAGGCUGAGCACUUUUCAUGUGAUGAUUUACUGGCUGUAUUUUCUUGUGUGUAAAAUGUCCAUCCAUUUCUUAUGACCACUUGUUCAGUGGAAUUGAUCUUGUACAUUUGUAUCAGAACUGUAUUUUUAUGUUGUAUUGUAUAGUUUGCUCUCCUGUCCUUAUCCUUAAAACUGAAUGGUGCCAAUAAUUUGAUACUAAUGAUUAUAAAAAAAAAGCAAUGCCUCAUUUACUAGCAUUCUUGUAAAAUGAGGUAUGUACGCAAAUAUUCAGAUAACUGAGGAUUAACCCUGUAAGUGCUGAAACUUUAAAAUUUUAAUAUUUUUCUGAGGGGACACUUUCUAAAAUGUAUUAUGCACUUCCCUGCCUUAGUAAACAGAGUAUACUGGAGAGUAUUUAACCUUUUCCUGAUGAGUCAUGGUCAUCAUUAUAAACAUCAGCCCCUCUUGUACCUUGGUGUGGUGCAGUGAUAUCAUCUGGAGCAUCUUACUGUGUAGACUUGGCUUUGCCUUUCAGAUGCUUGUGUUAUUCUCACUGAUGGUUUUUUUACUGCUCUCUGGCCCAACGGUGAUGCCAACCGGAGCAUUUGUAGUGUUUGGGGCCUUUUUUUCCCCCCACACUAUAAGACCCUCCUCCCCCAGCUGUACUUUUAAGACAGCUUCAGCUGUUCUUUAUCUCGUACACACAAUACAAAAAAAAAAAAAAAAAAUGUGUUCCUGUACAACCUGGGGAGAUAUCUGUGUCUGGGGUUGUCACCUCUUGCCAAUGCAGCACCCUCCUCGUCCUCUAACCUGCUCCCUGAGGCUUCUACUUGUCACCUCCUGCUCUCUGAUGCAAACUGAAGAUUUCUCAGGGAAGACAGGGAACUGAGCAUUACAUACACAUUUGCUUUGCUUCUGAGGAGGGAUGCAUGGGCUUUUUGGCUGCUGUUUUUCAGAGGCUCUGGGCCUCUUGCUUAUUUCCCACUUCCCCUGGGUUCCCAGAUGUUCCAGAAGGUUGGCAUCACUGGAAGUCUGACCACAAACAAAUUGGCUGUUACUGUAAAUGCAAACCCACUACCAUUGGCAGUUCAACUCUAACCAGUAAAAUCUAGAGGAUUCCAUUGUUUCAGCAGUUGUCCUGGUUAUUUGCCUACUUCAUUGUAUGAUGGGUGCUUGACAUUGUGACCUGUGGAGAUGAAAUAGGGUUGGAUGGAUUGAUAGUGACUAAAAUGAAUUAGUGCAAUCAUCACUUGACAUAUGUAUAUAUAGAUAUUUAUUUAAAAUUAGAACUCUAGCACCAUGUGGUCACACAGCCCACACCUUAUGUCCAAGGGGAAAAACAUCAGCUUUCUGACAUAAUUAUUUCAAACUGUGGGCCACAGAUUCCUGAUGGGAUUGGGGGUUUACUGCAAGGGGCCUGGGAAUCCUGCAACCCACAGGGUUUAGGGAUUAUAGACUGUGUAAGAGGUCCUUAUGUUUGAAAACUUGUAAACUAGGUUCUAGAGCAUUCAGAAGAUGCCACCUAGAUGCACUGGAAUUUUAUAUCCCCAAAGUAGCACAGGGAUUUUCUGCUGUCACCUUUACCUUUCUUUACCAUCCCCAAGAUGGCAGCUUUUAAAAAUUUUUAACCAAGAUAAAAUUCUCCAUUUUAACCAUACUAAAAUGAACAAUUCAUUGGUUUUCAGUAUAUUCACAAUGUUGUGUAACCAUCACCACUAAUUCUAGAACAUUUUCAUCACUCCUCCACCCCCAAAAAAACCCAUACCUAUUAGCAAACACUCCCAGUUCUCCCUUCCCUCUAUCCUGUGGCAACCACUCAUCUACUUUUAUUUCUGUGGUUUUACCUAUUCUGGACAUUUCAUAUAAACAGAAUCAUGCAAUAUGUGGUCUGACUUCUUUCACUUGCUGUAAUGUUUCCAGGGUUCAUCCAUGUUGUAGAAUG